GUGAUGCGGAGUCAUCAGACUGGGAGAAAACAACAACAACGGCGGAUCGAUGUUUUCGUGAAGUAGACCGAGCCCGAGCAUCUUUUCCCGGCGGAGGGCGAGCCUCGGCCUGCACCGGCGACCCCCCCAGCCCGCUGACACACCGGCGUUCGUCCCGGCGGAGGGAGGGAGGGACGGAGGGCAGAGAUGUGGAUCCAGCCGGAGGAGGUGCUGCUAGCCGGAGCUCUGUGGGUCUCCGAGCGGGCCAACCCGUUCUUCGUCCUUCAGAGGAGGAGGGGGCACGGCCGAGGAGGGGGGCUCUCCGGUCUCCUUGUGGGGACUCUGGAUGUGGUUCUGGACUCCAGUGCUCGGGUGGCUCCGUACAGGAUCCUGCUGCAGACUGCUGACUCUCAGAUCUACUGGAACAUCGCCUGUGGCUCGUCCAGGAAGGAGAUCACAGAACACUGGGACUGGCUGGAGUCCAACCUGCUGCAGACCAUCAGCAUCUUCGAUAAUGAUGAGGACAUCACCACCUUCGUCAAAGGAAAGAUCUCUGGCAUCAUCGCCGAGGAGAACCGGCUGAAGCAGGACGAGGAGCAGGAGGAGGACAGCGGCAAGUUUCGGGAGGCAGAGCUGAAAAUGAGGAAGCUGUUCGGGAUGCCCAACGAGGAGAAGCUGGUGAAUUAUUACUCCUGCAGUUACUGGAAAGGCCGAGUGCCGCGGCAGGGCUGGCUCUACCUGUCCGUCAACCACCUGUGCUUCUACUCCUUUCUGCUCGGCAAGGAGGUGACCUUGGUGGUGCCGUGGACCGAGGUCACCCAGCUGGAGAAGAACGCCACGCUGCUGUUCCCCGAGAGCGUCCGCGUCAGCACCCGGCACACGGAGCACUUCUUCUCCGUCUUCCUCAACAUCAACGACACCUUCAAGCUGAUGGAACAGCUGGCCAACAUCGCCAUGCGCCAGCUGCUCGACAACGAGGCGUUCCUGGCCGACCGCUCGCUGCCGAAGCCCUGCAAGACGCUGAAGAACGUGUCCGCGCUCAAACGGGAUUUCGACGCUCGCGCGAAGAACGAGCGUUACCGAGCCAUGUUCCGGCUGACGCAGGACGAGCGGCUGGACGGACACACGGACUGCACGCUGUGGACGCCGUUCGCUAAGAUGCAUGUGGUGGGACAGCUUUUCAUCUCCAACAACUACAUCUGCUUCAACAGCAGAGAGGAGGAUCUGUGUCAGCUCAUCAUCCCCCUGAGAGAGGUGUCCAUCGUGGAGAAGGCGGACAGCAGCAGCGUCUUGCCGUGUCCCGUCUCCAUCAGCACCAAGAACAAGAUGAACUUCCUGUUCGCCAACCUCAAAGACCGAGACUUCCUGGUGCAGCGCAUCUCCGACUUCCUGCAGCGGACACCUGACAGCUGGACGAGCGACGUCAGUCCUCUGGCUCUGAUCGGUCAUUCGGUCUGUAACUCCGAACCCUGUUUUUGUUUAUUUUUCCUGAUUCCUCCUCUGACCUACUCAAGUCCUCGUCAUUUGUCUUUUCAGGCAUCGUCCUCCGCUGGAGGUGCCGAGUCUUCCCAAAAGGAACGCCACUACCACCCAGGUCUGCCCACAGCCAGCCAGGGUCUCCUGCAGCUUUACCACCAGGACACUGCCGAGGACCUGGGGCCCAAAGCUAUGAAGGAGAAGAUGAAGGAGGAGUCAUGGAACAUCCAUUUCUCAGAGUUCGGUCGAGGGGUCUGCAUGUACCGAACCUCCAGGACCAGAGACCUGGUCCUCAAUGGGAUCCCAGAACGUCUGCGAGGGGAACUCUGGCUGCUGUUCUCAGGUGCACAGAACGAGAUGGCGUCCCACCCCGGAUACUAUGGCGACCUGGUGGAGCAGGCCAUGGGGCUGUGCUCGCUGGCUACAGAGGAGAUCGAGCGUGACCUCCACCGCUCGAUGCCCGAGCACCGAGCCUUUCAGAAUGAAAUGGGCAUCGCCGCUCUGCGCCGCGUCCUCACCGCUUAUGCUCACCGUAACCCGGGAAUCGGAUACUGCCAGGCCAUGAACAUCGUCACCUCCGUCCUGCUGCUCUACUGCACCGAGGAGGAGGCCUUCUGGCUGCUGGUGGCGCUGUGUGAGCGCAUGCUGCCCGACUACUACAACACUCGGGUCGUGGGAGCUCUGGUGGAUCAGGGGGUGUUUGAGGACCUGACUCGGGCCUUCCUCCCCCUGCUAUACGAACACAUGCAGGAUCUGGGCGUCAUCUCCACCAUCAGCUUGUCGUGGUUCCUCACCCUGUUCCUCUCCGUGAUGCCCUUCGACAGCGCCGUUUUACUGGUCGACUGUUUCUUCUACGAGGGCAUCAAGGUCAUCUUCCAGGUGGCGCUGGCUGUCCUCCAUGACAACAUGGAUGCCUUGCUGUCAUGCAACGAUGAGGGGGAAGCCAUGACAAUCCUGGGCAGGUACUUGGAUAAUGUUGUGAAUAAACAGACGGUAUCUCCGCCCAUCCCUCACCUCCACGCCCUGCUGACGAGCGGAGAUGAACCCCCGCCUGAAAUCGACGUGUUCGACCUCAUUAAGUCCUCCUACGAGAGGUUCGGCAGCUUGCGCUCCGACGUCAUUGAGCAGAUGAGGUUCAAGCAGAGGUUAAAGGUCAUCCAGUCCCUGGAGGACACAGCUAAGAGGAGUGUGGUGAGGGCAAUGAUGACCGAGUCGGCGUUCAGCAUCGAGGAGCUGGAGGAGCUGUACUGUCUCUUUAAGUCCCAGCACAUGACCAGCUGCUACUGGGGCUCCACCAGCUCGGCGGCCGAGCGCCACGACCCCAGCCUGCCGUACCUGGAGCAGUACCGGAUCGACCCGCUCCAGUUUUCGCAGCUCUACGCAGCGCUCGCUCCCUGGACCUGCGGAGGCCACACCUCCACGCUGUCGGCACGCCUCUUCAGGCUACUGGACCAGAAUCAGGACGGGCUGGUUAACUUCAAGGAGUUCAUCACCGGGCUGAGUGGGAUGUAUCAUGGAGACAUGACCGAGAAACUCAAGCUGCUGUACAAGCUUCACCUCCCGCCAGCUUUGAGUCCAGAAGAGGCGGAGUCUGCUCUGGAGGCAGCACAGUUCUUCACUGAAGACGAGCCAAAAGAAUCUUCUUUUCCGUCUGAUCGAGACACUUUGCGGCAGCAGGAAGUGACCUCAGGUGCAGCCGAGGAAGGGAAGGAAGGAGGAGAGAGCGAGGAGAAGAAAGAGGUGAAGGACUACAGGUACUACCUGAGGAUGUGGGCCAAAGAGAACGAGCCGAAAAAAGAGACGAUCAAAGACCUGCCCAGGAUGAACCAGGAGCAGUUCAUCGAGCUGUGUAAGACCCUGUACAACCUGUUCGGCGAGGAGCCUCUGGAGCAGGAGCUCUAUCACUCCAUCGCCACGGUGGCCAGCCUGCUGCUGCGCAUCGGAGAGGUCGGCAAGAAGUUCACCAACGGCGGCAAGAAGACCGAGACCGCCGCACCGGCGCCCCCUCCCGCUCAGACCGCCUCCGUCAGCCCCCUGGGGGAAGACGAGCCGGCCGAGGGGGCGUCCGCCGAGGCUCAGAUGUGCCGAGCUCUGGCCGACGCCCAACUGGAGCCGGGCGCUCCGCAGACGUCCGACGAGGAGAUCAAGGACGACACGUCGGUCUCGUCGUACUCCAUGGUGAGCUCGGGCUCGCUGCCCUGCGAGGACAUCACCGACGAGGCCGUGCUGGUGGGCGGCAGCGAGCAGAGGCGGGGCAGCGUGCUGGACGUGGAUUGGUCCAUCACCUUCGAGCAGGUUCUGGCCUCGCUGCUGACCGAGCCGCCGCUCGUCGACUUCUUCGAGAGGAAGAUGGACAUCCAGGCCAAGAUGGCGGCCUGCAAAGCUCAGCGGGCGGUGGAGCGCCAGACAAGCUCCACCUCCGACCACGAAUUAACCCAGCAUUCCACCUGAUCACACGAGCACCGCCGCACAACCCCACCAAUCACGUGUGUGUGUUACGAUAACCGAGCUGGUGAUGUGACGCUACAGUCAGAUGAGGAUCAGUCCAUGACGCUGAUUGGCUGAUUGGUUCUGCAGAGGUAUUGAUCUGACAUGACGGAUGAACUCGGGUUUAUCGACGCGCUCUUGUCAGACUGAAGUCCGUCUCAGGGUUUCACCCUUUCCUGUGACCUCUGUGGGACCAAACAGCCUCUUCAGUCUCCUCAAAAACACUCAUUUAUAUAAACACAUCAAAGGUUUCACCUUUCCAAUACGUUUAAUUUGAUCAUUAACGAUUUAAAAAAAUGAAUAGAUUUCAUUCCUUUUUAACAAUUAAUUUUAGUAGGAGCAAAACACUAUAUAUGGUCAGCUUAUGUCAGGACGUUGAACUGUAAUAAAAGCAUUAAAUCGACAUCUUAUACGUGAACAGAGAAUCUGUUUUCAUUGAUUUGAAGGAAAACUUCAGAAAUAUAAAUAUGACUGAAAUCAGCAUAUCCAGUGUUAAAUGUUCCAGAUAUUUCCACUGUUUUACAAUGUUUUACAAGCCUUAUUUGGGUUUUUUUCUGAUGCCUGUUUUUGAAGACAUCCUCCCUGUUUAUAUGUUGUAACACUGGUGUCACGGUGUUUGUUUUAAAGCCCUUACAUCCAUCAGUUACUGUUCUAAUAAAUACUUCUUCUGUGGA